UAUGUUGUUUACAAAUUGCUAAGUAUAAUAUUAUGCAUGUUGUUUCUAACUUAUAUUCUUAUUUAUCUUAUUAGACUCAUUAAAUCCUCGUUUAGUUAUUUAUUUAAUAAUUUCUUAAUUCUUAGUAAUUAUUAUUAGUAUUUGGAAAUUAUUUUUAUUUUAAAAAUUAAUAUCCGAAAGAAACUAUUUACUAUACUAUUUUCUUUUACAUUUACCUCUUUGAUAUACAAGCGAAUAAAAAUAUGGAGUUGAAUCCUAUGCAAGUUGCCUUAAAUACUGUUAGGACAUUACGAUUGGAGCUAAUGCAGCUUAUUAUUGAAAUUGGUGAAGGAGUAAAAGAUGAUGGUUCACAAACUGAAUCAAAAGAUAAUCGUUAUAUGUAUUCUAUGAAUGAAAUGGUUGGAAAACUUGGACUUCAUAUGAGGGAUCUUGAACAAGUCGUUGGGUCCUUAUCUAGUCCUCCAGGUGCUAUGUUAUUAUAUAACACAUCAUUUUUAACUCAAGAAAGCACAUCCGAUCGACAAGCAUUGUACACUCCUCUAGUGUCUUCUCACAAAUGGCUUGAUAAAGUACAUAAAUUCAGUUCAAAUGCAGUACAAAUUUUAAGUCAGAACUCAUUAAAAAAAUCGUAUUACAAUUCCAGUUCAAAUAAGAAGAAACGACAACAGUCAAGUUUGCAUAAUAUAUCACCACAAGCUGUUGAUGUACUAUUAACUAAUAUUGAUCGCAUGUUUCCUGAAAUGAGUAUUACAAUAACGAGGCCCUGUGCAUCAAAUGUUGUUCUAUUGGUUGGCUUAAGUAGAGUCUUACAAGCUAUUAUAUCAUUUAAAGGAGUUAUGAUUGAAUGGGUUAUUGUUAAAGGAUUUAAUGAACCUAUUAACCCUAACAGUUUGCAACAAGAGCUUUGGCAAGAAUCAAGAUAUUAUGUUUUUCGUAAGAUAACUGAUCAUGCUAAUGCAGCUAUGUUACAUUUCUCUUCACCAACAUUGCCAGAUCUUUCAGUUCGAUCAUUCAUGACUUGGCUCAAUAGUUAUUUGAUAUUAUUCAAUUCAGUAUGUAAAUCAUGUGGAAAUCGAUUACUUAAUGCAUACCCACCUACUUGGAGAGAUCUGAGAUCAUUAGAUACAUACCAUUAUGAAUGUAAACCAUAAUAUUAUAUUUUAAAUAUUUUAAAGUUUAUUUCAUAACUUAAGAUUAAUAUUAAUUAUAUCUUAAUUAAGUUGUAAUUUUAAAAGUAAAAUAAAUAUAGUUUAUGAUAUUUAAUAUGAAUACAUUACUAAACUAUUUUAUGAACAAUUUAAUGAUAUAUUUAUUUUUUUGCAAUUUAAGAUUAAAUCAAUUUUCCUAAUAAUCUUUAAAUGAUUCUAAUCAUUGAUUUUUCUCAUAGUUCAUCAUACUAUGUUUACAUUUUAUGAUGUCUAAUGUCUAUAAUUCUUAAUAAUUUAUGCAGUGGCAAAGGGUUAUAGGAGACAAAGAGACAACGUCUCCCCACUUAAGAAUUAGAACACAGGACAAAUAAAUAAUUAUUAUUUUGUUUUAUAAAAUAUUUAAAAAUGUGAAUUUUAUUUUAAAUUAUAAAAUAUAUGAUGUUUGUUUCA